CAAAGCUCGCGAUCGAGCAUUCCCGGAGCCGACCACUUUAUGCCUCCCAGCUCUCUGACCAGGGACAGUAAGCUAAGAAGGUUCAAUGAGGUUCUUGGAGAGAUACAGCAGCUAGGUAUAUCGCAUGUGGUGCCCCUUCCCGAACUUGUACUCAUUGGAGAUCAACCUGCGGGAAAAUCGAGCUUGAUGUCAGGUUUGGCGAAGCUUGACCUUCCCAGAAGUGACGGAGUCUGUACCCGAUGCCCCUUGCACAUCCGAUUGGCUCACGAUACCAAAUGGCAGUGCCGUGUUUCCCUGCAACAGCAAUACGACUUCAACCCACCAGCGAACGGAAGACCGAUCAGAAAGAACGAUGUCACGGCAAGAAAUCCGUUCCCCCCUUGGAAACUCCAAACUCUUGAGAUCAAAGAAUUCAAAACUGUUGAGGACAGAACUGAGCUGGAAGAUGUCCUCAAAUGGGCGCAGAUUGCUACUCUGAACCACAAUAGCAACCAUGAGCUUUAUAUUCCAGGCUCAGGAGCAAUCGCCAAAGAGGGAGAUCUGCAGAGUGCUAUGGAGAAGUCUGAGGCGGCGUUCAGCCCCAACACAGUUGCGCUGGAAAUCAAAGGGCCGGAAGUCCUUAGCCUGUCAGACGAGGAUAUGUAUCUUGUCGAAGUGGUCAAGAAUCUUGCCUUGAAUUACAUCAAGCGACAAAAGGCCUUGAUCAUCUGGGCUGUUCCGAUGAACUGCGAUGUUGAGACAUCAUCUACCUUCAAUCUCAUCAGGCAGAUGAAUGCAAAACCGCGAACUGUUGGCGUAAUGACCAAGUCAGACCUCCUUUCAGAGCAACAUGUCGUUGGCCUUGGAUACUUCAUUACGAUGCGCUGCCCAACUUCCGACCUUGAAGAUGCCGAAAGACAAGAAGAGUUGUUCUUUGAUGGAAGAUCUGGUGAAUGGCCCCAGGAAUUCACGGAGUUCGGGGACAAGUGUGGUGUCACCAAUCUGGCAGUCUUCUUAUCUGAGCAACUUCGCCAGCAGUUUGCUAAGGACCUUCCAUCUACCAUUAAAAAGGUCAAGAGUCAUUUGAGCAUAGUGACGGAGCAUUUAGACAGCCUCCCAGAUUUACCUGCCAACGUGGAGCUCGAAGUCAGAAGAAGCCUCGGCGAAUUCUACCGCCACGCUGAGGAAAAGAUCGAUAGCAGUGACUUUUCGGCAACCUGGAGGGCACUCACGGAGGAGUUUCGUGUGUGUAUAAUGGAAAUGAUGAAACCCAAGAUAAAGAUCUCACAUGAGAGCGACAAAGGCGUCAUCGAGGUGGCGGACUCUGACGACGAGGCUAUAGCCACCAUGUCUACACCUUCGAAAAGACCUAGACAAUGGGAUUCCUCAAAAAAUCAGCCUUCAUCAAACAAAAAGGCACGCACAGCUUUGGAGCACAUACACGUGAAGCCAGAGAAUCCUGCAAUAUCUAGUCAAACACCGAAAAGCCUUCGAGUGCCAAGUCAGACUGACCUAGCCAAUAGUCGAUUCGCUGAAUUCACGCAUGCAGGUAAAGGUUUUGCCGAUAUUGGCCAGAUCAGUGAAGAGAUGAACAGGAAGCGAUUGGUGGGGCUCCCUAAUAUGUACGAUCAUGAAGUGGUUGUUGCUCUCUGCAAGCGAGCAGUCAGUCCUUGGAAAGGUCCAUUAAACAAGUACUUGGAACAAACCAUGGAAUUUCUUCUUGCGGCUCUCAGCACCACCCUCCAGUCCUCACUCAGAACCCUGAACAAAAGGUUGAUCUACAAGGAAAGCGCCCGCUUCAUCAAGCAGUUCUUAGAUGAACAGGGGGAAGUCCAGCAUCAGCGUUUGAUAAAUCUCUAUGAGAUGGAAGCUCAUCACCCUCUUACUAUCAACGAGGACGCUUUCAAACAAUAUCAACGGGAGGAAGCACAGGUGAUUGAACGUAUUCGAUGGUUUUCCCGAGCCCAGUCGCAAUAUUUAAUCCCGAAUGAGAUUAUGCUGAAACCACUGGAGAUUUUAUCCUCGGAGAACAGGAUCGCAGAGCAGAAGAAGAUGCGAAGUCAUCUGGCUGAGAUGGGCGAAGACCCUUUCAAGGCUUCAUUGGAAGUCGCUGCGAACGUUCGGGGAUAUUACAAGACCGCAGCAAUGCGAUUUGUCGACAUGGUCGCAAUUUCGAUACACUCGCGCUUGCUUGUGGACGUGAGCCUAAAAUUGCCCAGAUACCUGGACGAGAAACUAGGAUUACAUGAGGCGCAAGGACAAGAUGAUUGCAACGUAUAUGAUCGUUUGAUGGAGGAAGAUAAGGAUACCGCCGCAAGACGCCGAAAUUUCAGGAAAGAGAGAGACAUGAUUGAGAAGGCCAUGGAGAAGCUCAAGGAGCUUAAGUCCUCAAGUGCCACCCUGGGUGUUGACGUCGACAUGGAUAACGUUUUGCCCGCCAGAGAUCUAGCCAGAGUUUCUGGAUACGAAGUCUGAGCGGAGCAACUAAACUGGAGGUUCUUGCAUCAUCGCCAUUAGACUGUCUUGCAGUAUUCUUCUCUCCGCACCCGUAAUCUCGAUCUUCAGUGUUUGAUAACAAGGUUGAUCACCAACGGCAUCCUUGGAACGUAGUUUGGUUUCUUUGGCAAAAAGGAAGAGAUAUGCAAGGAGAGGGGUU